GCAACUAUGGUGACGGUGCUAGACCUGGUGACGAUGGCAACGAUGGUGACGAUGGUCAUAAUAGUGAUAAUGGUGAUGAUGGUCAUAAUGAUGAUAAUGGUGAUGAUGGCGAUGAUGGUGAAGAUGGUGAUGAUGGUGAUGAUGGUGGUCGCGCUGAUGACGGUGAUGGCGGCGAUUGUAGUGGCAGUGGUAGCGACAGCGCCAAUGGCAAAGGCAGGGCAAAUACUGCAGCAGCAGCAGCAGCAGCAGCAGCAGCAGCAGCAGCAGCAGCAGCAGCAGCAGCAGCUGCAGCAGCCGCAACAGCAGGAGUACCACCAACAACAGCAGCAGCAGCAGCAGCAGGUGCGAGUUCCAGAUUGGCAGAGCAGCCAGUGAAUUAUAAUUCAUAAUAGCUGG